GAAGCCAUUAUUAUUUUAGAAGUGUUCUUCAUAGCGUCUCACUUGGACGUAAUUGUUCCUAGAAUGGAAUCGCUUACUACUUUCCUUAAGAGUAUGGAGUCACCAUGUUAUAUCUUAACUGUAAGAAUUAUUCGAAUGAGGAAUCUCCGUCAAGAAGAUUGGUUCAGUGAAUCUGAUUGCUAUGUGACCUUGUGGCUUCCUACUUCCUCACUGGAAAAAUUUCGAACCAAAACAGUUACAAACUGCAAAGAUCCAGUAUGGAAUGAAGUAUUCUAUUUCAGGAUCCAGAGUCAAGUCAAGAAUGUUUUGGAACUGACAAUAUGCGAUGAAGAUUUCUAUCGAAAUGACGACAACCGUGUAAUUUACUUUGAUGUGGCUAAAAUCCCACUUGGAGAAUCAAUAAUGGUCAAAUUUGAAUUGGAUCACCUGAAAAAUGAAGAAAUGGAAGUUGAAUUUACUUUGGAGAAUAUAGAGGGUCCACUUGAAACAAUAGCUACAAAUGGAGCGGUGGUGUGCCGUGAAUUCUGCUGCUUGGAGUUUCAGGUGGACAGGAAGAAGCGGAAGAAAAAGAAUAAGACUUCUAAACAUGUUAAAUGUACCUUGAAAGGAUCCUUUGAAGAAACUCAAAACAUUUCAUUGACUUCUGCCAACAAGCUGCAAUGCACCGAACCUUCCUUUUUCCAUUAUGCCAAGUACAAUCCAGCAGAACUGGACAUUCUUCUUCCAGGAAAGAGAUCGUUUCUCUCUUUUUGUUCUUGUAUGUCAUGUGGAACUGAUGCUGCCAAAACCAGAAAGUUGACCUUGCCUGUACAUUCAUUUCCCUUAAAUCAGGAAAUAAUCAAAGAGGAUAAAGAAUUUAAUUUAUACUUCACAGCACAGAACUGCACAUCAAACUUAGAUGUACGUUUAGGGUUUGAUCUUUGUCCAGAAGAAGAGGCUUUCCUGAAAAAACGGAAAAAAGUGACUGCUGCUGCUUUCAAAAAGAUUCUCCAGCUUGAGGAUGAUCUGCAGGAAGAUGAGGUACCAGUGGUGGCUAUCAUGACAACAGGCGGUGGGAUCAGAGCAGUUACGGCGAUGUAUGCUCACCUACUGACAUUGCAGAACUUAGGUGUUUUGGACUGUGUGUCCUAUCUCACUGGAUUGUCCGGCACAACAUGGACAAUGUCAUGCUUGUAUGAGGAUCCUAACUGGUCCCAAAAUGAUUUAGAAAAGCCACUCAGGGAUGUGCAAAACCAUGUGACAAAAAACAAGUUGGUGGCCAGUUUUGCCCCAGAAAAGCUGAAGUACUAUGCAAAGGAACUGUGGCAACGUGAUCAAGAAGGGUACACUGUAUCUUUCACAGAUUUAUGGGGAUUGAUCAUUGAAGCUCUGUUACACAGUGAGGAAAACCCUCACAAACUUUCAGAUCAGCAGCAGGCCCUAACUGAUGGACAGAAUCCUCUACCAAUAUAUCUUUGCCUCAAUGUGAAAGAGAAACUAAGUAAUCGAGGGUUCAGAGAAUGGUUGGAAUUCACACCAUAUGAAGUUGGAUUCCAAAAAUAUGGUGCCUACAUUCGUGCUGAACACUUUGGUAGCGAAUUCUUCAUGGGUCGUUUGAUGAAGAAAAUCCCAGAAUCACGUAUCUGCUUUUUAGAAGGAAUCUGGAGUAGUGUGUUUUCUCUGAACAUUAUGGAUUGCUGGUUCCUGGCUACCAAUUCAGAAGAUUUUUGGCAGAUCUGGACACGAGACAGAAUAACUGAAAUUGAAGAGCUUGGAUGCUGUCCAAAAGCAUAUAAACUUCCUGUUCGAGUCCAGUAUCCUCCAGGAAGCCUUGCCAGCAUUUUGCAAGAUGUUACUAUGUGGCGACCUGCUGUGUCAUUGGUCCCCAAUUUUCUGAGAGGUUGCCCAAUGCACGAUGAGUAUUUAGAGAGUGGAUUUGCAAACUGGAAAGAUUGUGAUCUUGACAGUUUUCCUAACCAGCUAACUGGAGCCGAAAAGCAUCUGUAUCUGGUGGAUAAUGCAUUUGUCCUCGAUACCAGCUAUCCCCCACUUAUGAGGCCGGAGAGAAAAGUGGACGUCUUCAUACAUUUAAAUUAUAGCUCAGGUUCACAACUGCGGCCUCUGCAAAUGGCCUCAGAUUAUUUCUCAGAACAAGGAAUUCCUUUUCCCAGAAUUAUCCCACAGGAACAAGAUGAAAAAGAUGUAAAGGAAUGCUAUUUGGUAGGAGAUCAAGAAGAUUCAAAUAUUCCAUUAGUUCUUCUUUAUCCCCUGGUUUGUAAUACCUUCCAAAAUUAUAAAGAACCUGGUGUGAAGCGUAGUCCUGAAGAGAUGAAUGAUGGUGAUAUUGAUGUGACCAGUACCUAUGGUCCUUAUAAUGUUUAUGCUUUGCAAUAUUCAGAAGAGGAUUUUGAAAAAUUGAUAAAACUGAGCCAGUACAACAUCCAAAAUAACAAAAGUACUUUGAUUGAUGCUUUACGGUUAGCUGUGGAACGGAAAAAAAGAUUAUAAGAAGAGCCUUCAUAUAUUGAGAUCGAAAACUUUUGUGGGAGAGGGUGCCUCAGUUUUUCCUGCACCACAAAACAAAGCAUUUCAUUCCAGAAGGAAAGUAAGAUAAAAUAAUCAAAAAAAUAUUUAAGAUCCUAGCCAUGAAGGAAAAAAUGCUGCUUUUAUGAAAAUAAAUAAAUUGUAAAACCUGAAAUGCUCUUUUAAUGAAUUCUAAUUGUCUUUUGGCAACAGACUCACAUGGAUACAGAACUUUCUACACUGUUAAAUUUGGAAGAUUUUCUAAACAACCACAAAAAAGUGCCCUGUGAAAAAUGUUGUUUUUGCCUUGUAAUGUUGAUGCUUAUAGGUUUUUGUCCAAAAAACAGUUUUCUCUCUGAAACAUUUCCAUUUCUAAUGUGAGAUGUAUUUUUUCUUUGUUUCUGUAACAAAGAAAGGUUAUGAAGAAUAUAUGAUAAUGUCUUUCCUAAAAGUUAUUUUGGUCUGGUGCCAUAUGAAUGGUGAGAAACAAUUUUUAAGAAUCUAAAAUCAGUUUCUGAUAAAUAAAUAAUGAUGUCAGUUUAAAAACAUGUAUAAGCAGGAGGCAACUGCAAACAUGCUACUUAAAUCCAGUGGGUUUUAUUGGUUGGAAUUAUUUUCAUGUUGCAAUGUUAUAAUUUGGGCUCUGUCCUUCCCUGCCAGCAUGCAAGCAAUCAAAACUAUUAAACAUCAACCAACUAUAAAAAAGGAGAGAUAUUUGCAUAUCACCCAUGACUAGAGUAGAGUCAUACUACAUCCAUUAAGUCAGGAUUUGUUUAUUCAUCGUCAGAUGAAUAAACUAUUCAUAAACCUUACUUUACAAAUUACAAAAACUAUGUUCACAUACCCAAUAUAACACACAAAUACACAUUAAGGGCCUAGGAAUAUAUGUGUUUCCUCACUAAAGAGAGAUAAGCUAAAUAUCCAUAGAAGUCACUUUUCCCAAUAUUAAUAAAAAACAAAAUUUAAAAAAUCAAGUAUAAAGUUUCCUUUGUAAAACAAUCCAGCAUUGACACUUAUGCAGAAUCCACAGCGAGAAUGUUAAAAUUUUCAAAAGGUUCCAUUAAACCAUACUAGAAUAUUCCCUCAUUGCAGAAUUAACGAAUGUAAGUGUAAACCUUGCAGGUAGGCACAGUGUAAUACUUUUCAGAAAAAAACAUAUCAAAGCAAGAAAAACAAAGUUCUACAAGAAGUGUCUGCUCUAAUCUCUGCUGACAAAUUUUAAAAAGCUAAACACAAGACAGAUUUUCACUUCCAAUGGCUUGUUUUAUCUCUUAUUUCAACUAUCUUGUAAUAUCUUUAAUUAUAGGAUUAAUCUACCCUACAACAUUUUUCUUUCUUUUUUCUAUUCUCGUUUCAGUAGCGUUGUCUUCUUUUUCUCUAUUGCUUAGCUAAUUUCAGCAACUAUCAAAAUAAUGGAAAUUAACUGUAGCCACAUAAGAGAGAAACACUUGAAAAAAACCAGAAGCUUUGUGUGGCGAGACAGUCUGGAAAUAGCGGACUCUGAUGAGCCUUGCAAAAAUCCAGGCUGACAAACCACUGUCUGGGGGUCUUCAGACCGGAUCUGUCCUGUAGGUAUGGGGA